AAUGACACGCCUCCGUAGGGCGUGCUUUAACAUUCCAGUGACAAGCGGAAAACUUUCCAGUGUAGGCUAACUUACAUUGGAUCAAGACACGAUCGCAACUUAGAAUAGCUCUCAGCACUGGGAUCGGGUCCGUCACACCGUAAAACAUGCCCAACCUUAGCAUCCCUCUAUGUACAACAGCACUUCUUGCUUUGAUCUUUACCUCUGUAACGUUUUUAAAGAAGGACAGGCACUUACGUGUAAAAGUCAGAGACCUUGUCAGUGGGAAUCCCGAUUCGUAUCCCGACUCCAGGAGAAAUGUCUUACUGAAGGAGCUCAGCGACAGGCGCAGGGAACUUUUGCCGUACUUCAGUGCUUCAGAAAAGGAUGCUUUCAUGGGACUACCCGGAGGAGACGUGCACCGCCGCGCCUUUUCAAAGAAGCUGACUGGGGCAAGAUCGGAGGAGAUUGGUAUUCAUUUAGAGGCAUCAAACACAAACCAUAACAAAAUUGGAUGCAAGGAGCUCGGUUACAUCAAAAACGUGGCUUUUGUAGGGUCAGGCUACACUAAGGCUGUUUUUCAAGGCGUUUUGCCCGAAGGAUUGCCCGUAGCGCUGAAAUCAGUGAACGAACAAGGGACUGAUAUGAAAAGAUGUCUGGAGGAUUUUAAUGACAUGAAAGGCUGUUAUGAGCUUGUAUCCUACAAACUAAUGAAAGAAAUCGUUUUGUUACAAAGACUGGACCAUCCAAAUAUUAUAAAGCUCCACGGCCACUGCCAGUCCGGCGAGCGAGGGGGCAGCAUCAGUGCCGCUCUGGAGCAGGGAUCCCCGCUGCAGAUGAUACAGCUCCUGCAGAGUCCCUGGGAGGACCGCUUUCGGGUCUGUCUGGGUCUGGUGCGGCUGCUCAGCUACCUUUCCCACUCGCCCUUGGGGUCUGUGGCGCUGCUGGACUUUCAGCCUCGCCAGUUCGUCCUGGUUAAUGGGGAUCUGAAGCUCACGGACCUGGACGACGCUGCUGUGGGUGAUCCGACCUGCCAGACUGACUCCGACUGUGACCUUCAGUUUCCACUCCGUAACUUCAGCCUUCCCUGCUCCUCAGACGGGGUCUGCCAGGGCCUCAAUGAGAGGAGGAACCUCUACAAUGCCUACAGGUACUUCUUCACCUACCUUCUCCCCCACCAAGCCCCACCCACUCUCCGGCCUCUCAUAGAGCGGAUCAUGAAUUCUACAGCGGAGCUGAACGGGGAUGUGAACGGCACACUGGCUGCUCUUCAAAACAUCCUCCAUCUGUACAAGUCUGGGCUUUACCUGGAGAACCUGCCGUCGGCUCUAGUUGAAGACUACGUGGCCUCCAGAGGGAUGAGGAGUGCAGGGGGUGAGAGCUACAGAUGCUGGCCCUCCUACCAGCACCAGGGCUGCGUGCUGUCUGUACACAGCGUCGGCGAGGCCGCCCUCCUUUGCAGCGCCCGCCGUGAGUGCGCCGGCUUUACCAUCAAUGGCCAGAGGACCUGGACAGGGCGGCUUCUCGCUUCGUUUAAGAGUGGUUUCGGCGACCUGGUUCCAGAUGUGAACUCAGCGGUGUACAUGAGACGAGCUGCAGCUUCAGGAUUUCCUUUGUGAGGAGCCGGAGAGGAACGGGGGAGCGGGGGGGCAAGCCAAGGUGAGGCUGCCCUGCGCUCCGCCGGACCUGGAAUGUUUGAAGUGUACGAAUAUGAUAUAUUUAUAAGGAUCUUGUUCUUUGGCAAUUUGAUCUACGUGCCAAUCUUGCAUACUGCCAAGAAACAUUUAAAAAGAUUUCCCUCGAGGUAUAAUUACAAAAAAAAAAACACACUGUCUUUCGUGUACCGCUUUUACGCCCUUUCAUUGUGCCCUGCAUCUGAGGCCUAGUCCUCGCAAGUGGACCUUCGUAAGUAGGAGGUUUAACGUUUGUGGAAAAAGUGAGAAAAAAGCUCUUAUACAAAUAUACUUUGAUGUAAAUCAGAUCUGAAAUUACGUGGCGCCUCUGGAUUUCGGGAGUGUGCUUUGUUCUGGGCUGAAUUUUAACAAGCUGAAAAGCAGAGGUGGAAGGUUCAGGUCCAGAAAGUACAAAUCCAGACCAAUAAUUUGUUUCAGCCAACCAAUUGAGUUCUCUGUGACUGACUCUUUAUAUCUAAUUGCCUGAUCGAAACAAAAUCUUGGCCUGGAUUUGCACUUUCUGGACCUGAACUUUCUAUCGCUGCUGAGAAGUACAGUAGUAAUACCCCACUGAGCAAGAAACGGUCAGAUCCUUUCUCCUUACUGCUGUCUUUCAUUUCUACCUAGUAUUUAAACUUUCAGAUGUGUUUGAGAUUAAUUUUAACACACAUCGGUUGUGUAAUUUCACCUUGUGGGUGCCAUUGAUUUUAUAUUCUUUUAGAGAAAGAGAUCCUAUUUAUUGCAUUAAGCGCAGUGUCUGGCAUGCUGUAUAAACUGCAUCCUUUGUAUGGCAAAACUAGAGCAUAAUAAAAAAUAUUCAAUGUAA